CCCCCACAGCUUGGAGAGAAGCUUCUCGGGAGCGCAGCCUGCCAGAGAAGCUCUUGGAGGCGGUGAGGAUCCUACGCUGGGCAACUAAACUUUCAUAAGAUCUGGCAUUGCUUGGAGACUGGUUGCUGAUGGUGUAACUGAGGCACCACUGUUUGUCACUGCCUUUUUCCUAAUUAUUUGAUUAUCUCCUUAGCAACUGAAGGUUAGAGCUAGGAUGUAUCUUAGUUUACGAAGUAGCAUGGCAAAAAAGAGGCAUUGUUGCUUUGCUGAGAGAAUUUCUCUCGUGCUCUUUUAAGAGGGAUAAAAGCUGCAGAGUGAUUCCUUCAUGCAGGCAGCAGUGCCAUAGAUGGAUUGCUGCUGAUUAGCCCGGCUCAGCUUCAGUGGUACAUCACCCAGUUGUUCAUCUGCAUUUGAGCUUUCUUUAAGCCAAACGCAUGCAAAAUAAAAUAAAAUAAAAUUGAUCUGCCUUCAGAGAAAUUCAGUCUUCAGUGAAAGAUGAGUGGGAGAAAAUAGUUUUAUGUAGGUGAAGUUAGUAGGACAAAUCCAUCUCUCCAACAUUACUGAGAUCUGGCCAGGUGCUGGCUACGGAGAACACUCAAUUUGCCAGACUGACCUCGGGGUCAGCUUGCUGCAAAGGUGAUGCAAGGCCAUUUUUCAUCAUGGUUGGGUCUUGCACCAAGCACAAUUUAAGACAGUUCCGGGAUUUAGUCCAGAAUAUCAAUACAUCACCCAGAUGUAGUUCACCAGCAGCCUCUGCUCUCAGAUCCAUCAUGUCACUAAACCUCAUGGAUUAUGAUGGCUGGAUAAUCCAGCUCUGCCCAGUCAGAAAUGCUGAGCACAGCUGCAGAGGCAGCUUUGAUGCAGGGAGUGCCUUCCCACCCUGGAGCGUUAAAAGCAGAGUGCAUUCUGGAUGCUGAGAGAGGUGACAGCUUCCCCACCACGGGCACACGCUUGGAGAGGAAGUUUGUAGAGAUCUUCUUUUGAUUAAUGCACAGCUAACAGCACGUACAAUCUGUGGCAAGGAAUACUGGGAGCCCGUUAAGAGCCAGCGACAAUGUCUUUAAACUGCUGGACACUUCAUACUCAACUUGGAGCCUGUAAGGUGAACUGCAGAGCACUAGCAUGCCUCUUGGUCUUUGCAGUGAGUGUCAGUGGCAGUGCCCCAGGGAUGUGUCCAACAGCCUGCAUCUGUGCCAGCGAUAUCGUAAGCUGCACCAAUAAGAAUCUCUCUCGGGUGCCAGGAAAUCUCUAUAGAAGUAUGAAAAGGCUGGAUCUGAGUUAUAACAGAAUUGGAUUCUUAGAGCCUGAAUGGGUCCCAGUGCUGUUUGAGAAGCUGAACACUUUAAUAAUCAAUCAUAACAGCAUUAGCAGCAUUAUCACUGGAAGCUUUUCCACAACCCCAAACCUGAAAUACUUAGACUUGUCGUCCAACAGCCUGAAGACACUGGGCAGCCCUGUAUUUCAGGAGCUGGGAGCCCUGGAGGUUCUUCUGCUUUACAACAAUCAGAUAAUGCAUAUAGAGUCUUCAGCCUUUGGAGGACUGUACAAAUUACAGAAACUGUAUUUAAGCUAUAACUUGCUCUUGCAUUUCCCAUUGGACCUGUUUGUUGGAAAGCACAAGCUGACAGAACUCAUAUUGCUGGACAUUUCCUUUAAUCACAUCCAGUCGAUACCUAUUCAGCGCCUGAGUUCAGUGCCAGCCAAACAUCUUAGCGGAGUUUAUCUUCACGGCAACCCAUUUUAUUGUGACUGCACACUGUACUCUAUGCUCAUCUUCUGGUAUCAGAGGCACUUCAGCUCUGUGGUGGACUUCAAAAGUGAGUACACCUGUUUAUUGCGAUCCGAUCCAAGAGGUUACAACAAACAGCCUUUAUUGCAUGACAACUUUCUGAACUGCUCUGAAAGCACCAUCAACAGCUCUUUUCAAGCCUUUGGAUUUAUUCAUGAUGCCCAGGUGGGUGACAGGCUGAUCGUUCACUGUGACAGCAGAAUCAGCGAUGCAGGCACACACUUCGUUUGGGUUAGUCCAGAGAAUAAAUUGCUGGAGCCAGACAUGGAGACCGACAAAUUUAGGGUGUUUCAUAAUGGGAGCCUGGAGAUAACAGACGCCCAGCUAGAGGACUCUGGGCUGUACUCCUGCACUGCAAUAAAUAAGAAAAGACUAUUAAAUGAAACCAUAGAGGUUAGAAUAAAUGUCAGCAAUUUCACAGUUAACAGGCCUCAUGCUCAUGAAGCAUUUAAUACAGCUUUUACCACCCUUGCUGCCUGCGUAGCCAGUAUUGUUUUAGUACUGCUUUAUCUCUACCUGACCCCCUGCCCAUGUCAAUGCAAGACAAAGAGGAGGAAGAAGAAGCUGAACCAAAGCAGUGCCCACACAUCCAUACUGAACUCCACACCACCCCAAGAGCUGCCUGCUGAUGAGAAGAAGGCCAGCACUGGCAAACGAGUGGUUUUCCUGGAACCCGUACAUGAACCAAAACACAGUCAGAAUGGGAAAGUAAAAUUGUUUCCUAAUGACAAUGUCAUUGCUGAGAGUAUCUUAAAAACUACUCGAACAAAAUCCGACUCUGAUUCUGUCAACUCUGUGUUCUCAGAUACACCUUUCAUGCCAUCAACUUAGUUUGCUGCCUGUAUUUGUAUUGUGCCGUUACAUUUCUGAAUACCUCCUUUGCUUGUAGCAACCAUCAGGAAAAAGAAAUAAAGAGAGAAAAUGUUUUAAAAAAAGCAUCUAUUGUCAGUUCUUGAGCUUCGACUCCUCUGUUUGUGAGUGCAAGUGACACCUUGCUUGAGAAAAGCCAACAGAAUGGCACUGAUGUGAGUAUUUUCAGUGCAAUCCUAGGCUUGCCUAUUAAUCUCUGGGACACACACAGCCAUCUCUCAUGCACAUUUAGUGCUGCUUCCAGUGCAUACAGCUCAGAGCAGAGGCUGACCCCACGCAAGGCUCACAGUUGUUCUGAGCAUCCUGCUCAUCUGCAGGGACCACAUGAGCUAACUUAGGUGGCUUUGGAGGAAAGUGUGCAGCUCUUUCCUAAAAGUUCCUAUUACAGGCCCACUUUAAAAUCAUGGAGGAAAUGUGUUUUCCAAGACUGAUCUGAACAAAAAGAUUAGACUUUCUCUCAGGAUGCCUAGCAGUACAGGGUAAAUGUUUAUGGCCGUCACCAUGUUUGCCAAUAACUAUGUGAAGCCCUUAAGGGGAGGGGAUGUUGUAUUCAUUUUACUUACAACUUAAUCAAGGAAUUACUCAUGAAAACUGCUUAUAUUGGUUUUUAAAUAUUGACAUGAAAAAACAUAAAAGUUAACUUGCUACAGUUGCAGUAGUAUUAGUAGAGGAAUAAAAGUUGUCAGUCAUUAGGACUCAAGCUAAUCAUCAGUAACUCAUUGAGCUGUGAUAACCUGAUUUCUUGUUAUCAGUUGUCCUACCCCACACUGCUCACAGUAUGCAUGGUGUCACAUAUGGUGAAAAAGCUUGCCACUGUCACCAGGGCUCCUGCUUCAUUGCAGGGGUGGGUCACUGUUGCUUAGAGAUAAUUUCGCAAUGUGAGGAUAAAAUCUCAUUUUAUCCUUUCAUUGAACAGCUUUCCAGCAAUUUCACAAAAUUUGCUUCCAUGAUUAUUUGUUUAUUUUACUGAAGGAGGAAAUGCACUCUUUUGAUAAAUUUCUUUAUAUUACAGAAUAAUUUUCUCACAGUGAAUUCAGAAAGUGCGGUUUUUCUCUAGACUUGGCCCUGUCUUAUGUGUACUGCUUCUCUCCUUGCCCGCAUGCAUCAUUGCCAAAAUUUAUGAACCCAAUAAGAUUAUCCCAGGUUGAUCAUGCAGCAUUGGUUAUGUGAAGUGUUAUGUUAUUGUAAAGAAUAUACUGUUAUAAUUGCAAUUUCCAUUUUUUGUUUAAAGUUUGCUUACCUUGGGACUGGGCUGGACUUUGCCUGUUUUUCUCGCAUUGAAUGCUGCCAACUUCAAAGGAGUUUUACAUAGAAUUACAGCUUGCUAAAGAAAAUUGGAGUGUAUCUGACUCAUUAUGAUUUUGGGAAAUGUACUGAAGUGGAAAAGGAUGAACAAAAUCAGUCAAAGGACUAUAUGACAUGGCAACUGUAAUUUAUUCUUUUGAGACUUACUGUAACAUUCACUUGCAUUUUUUGUGAUUUCUUUUGAGAGGCGUGUCAUCAUGCUCAAGCUUACAUUCAUCUAAGCCAAAGCUAUUAACAAUUGAUUUGUUAUGGAGAAGUCCUGUGUAGCUAAUUGUCUGAAAGCAAGCAAGCUGGAAAACAGAUUAGAUCAGGAAAUGUUAUUGCUGUGAUGUGCACAAAGUAUGUGGAAGUAGAGAAUUGCAGGAGAUUUUGAUUCAGCUAUUCAGGGAAAUGUAAGAUGGAAAUUCUUUUUCCAGGAGCAGAAUAAUGUGCAUUUAGAAGAGAAAGAUCACCAUGGUUUGGGUCUUUUACUUAUACAUCUAUCUAUGUAAAUUUAAAACAUCUUCUGCUAUUAAAUAGUCUUUUUUAUCUGUAUAUGGGCAUUAACACAAAAUCAGAAAGUUUACAUGUAAGGUCUGAUGGAAAAACAUUGAUUGUCUUCACUGAAAUAAGAGAUGUAGUUUGGUCAUCUGUUAAUGAGGGAUAGUCCUGACUGCUGCUGUGCUCUCCAAUUUGUGCAAAGAGGGGACCAUGGAAUUGGGCUGAAAGUAUGAGGAGACAGAGCAGGAAACCGAGAGGCAAAUAUUCCUAGGGAAAGCUGAGCAUAUCAGUUACAGCUCUGGGCAGAUGUUAUGAUCUGUUGUCAUACAUAACAUUAAUUGACCCGGAUUUCUGUGUUUACAAGAGCUCUGAUGGUCAAUUCCAAGUUGGCCUGGAAAAGCAAGCAGCCUGGUGCCUGUGUGGCUGCCUGCCAGCUCUGCUUCUCUCCUCUGCAGCUGGGCUGGGCAUAUAACCCCUCCCCCACUCACGAGAGUGACACUGCCUUGAACUAACUCAGCCUUUAAAAACUCCAGAUAAUCUUAAAAAUAAAAUAAAAUAAAAUAAAAUAAAAUAAAAUAAAAUAAAAUAAAAUAAAAAGGAGAGAUCUCAAGAGUAUUAGGCUUUGUGGGAUCAGAGCAAUGCGGCCAGAUAACUGGAGUAGCUGAGUACUGAUCUAGGCAGUGAGUAUUUGCUCUCAUUAUUAAUUGGCUGUAUUUCAGUGACUGCUUCAAAGUGCUCAGAGUUGCAAUUGUGAAUAUGAGCAAGGUGGUAAAACUGAAGCCUUUGGAGAAGCUGUCCUACCACCUUGCCAUCCCCAUUAGUCCUUGUCUUGGUUUUCAGGUUACAGCUUCUAGCAAACACCGAAGAGCUGAAAGAUAUUUUUAAUGCAGGGUGAGAUCACUUCUGCAAGGUGUUGAGUGCUCCUCCUGACCUCAGUAAGGCUAAGUAUCUGAUGGUGACCACCUCACAAAAUGUAAUUAAUGGCUGCCCCUCAACUGUAUGUAACAGUUACAAAUGGAGCUGUAAGUUGAGGGAGUCCCAGAGUGCCUUCCUGACACUAGCCCUUCAUCUGUUGUUGGUUAUGACAGCCAGUGUCAUGUCCUUUCAGCCCAGAUGUCCACCACUAGCUUAUUGGGUAAACUCUGCACUGUCUAUCAUCUCAUUAGUGCUUUUAAAAAAAAAAAAAAAUAGAUUUCUAGGGAUUGCUAAUGAUGGUGUCAAAAGACUAACUGGUUAUAGCUCAUUUUUCUGAACAAGCAAAAUCUUACGCCAAAUUGUAAUUAAAACAUAAAUUUUCAUUUAGGAUAGCACAGGUUUAUUCCUAUUAUAGUAAAUCAAACUUCUACAAUGUGCAUGUUCAAGAGCUACAGCUUAUAUCCUCAAAGGUUAAUAGCCAGUGGAGUCUAAAACAGAAAUGCUCACAGGAACAAAAGAAAUCUCAGACAGGUGCUCCUACAAGGAAGAAUCAAAAACCCACAAAGUUUUAUUUCGACUGCAGCAUGCAUAUUCCUAAUAACCUCUGCUAUCUUUGAAUUGAUGGGAAUAAACUUGAUCUUGUAGGAAGGCGAAGUGUGCCAUUAUGGCCUUCUCUAAAGUAAUUCAGAAGUGACGAUUCUCUUUGCCAAUCCUCUCAGCACACUUCUCUUUUUAGUGAGAUUGAGGGAUUAAAGGCUGACCUUUCACCAUUUGGCUAUGGCAGAUGCAGGGACCAUUUCCAACCUGGUCCUUAAUUGUUCUCUGUGUCAAGACUGUCUUCCUGAAGAUAGAUUCUAGACCUGCCACACAGUUGCUGGAGCAAUUUCAUUGAUAUAUCCAAACAGCUGUUUCCAAAUGGCUUCUAAAUGAUAAGAAUUGGCCAUAGUAGCUUUUAAGAAGACAGGAUAUGCUUUUCAUUUAUGGGUUCAGCAAUUAAGAUAUUACUUUUUUUUUAAUAAUGUUUGAAUUAUUAUAUAUGGAGUGGAAAAAAAAGGCUGCAUCAGAAUUGCAGAAUCAUGUAAUUGAGGGAGUUGGAAGGGACCUCAAGAGAUUAUUGAGUGCAACACCCCUGCUAAGGCAGAUACCCUACAAUAGUGCAUAUUCAAAUCAUUUUUGCAUGUUUCCACUAUUUUCAUAUUUUGCCAUUAGUCCGGUGGGGCUCAGAUACGGAUAAAAAUGGAAAUUUGAGAAUUAGGUGAUGAGAUUAAGAAAUCAUUUUGUUCAAAGUUCAAUUCAUAUUUUUAUAAGGGCUAAUAUUUGAGUUCUUACCUUCAGUGGGUGCAUGACAGAAAUCAUAAAAUUAAGUGCUUUAUAAGU